UAGACAUCUUCCAGUCAUCUUCACAGCGCCAACCGUGUAGUUUCUUAUCUGUACAACACACAAACCACCACCUCUAAACGCCAUCUUCGCCAACUCCUUCAACCCCAGACGCGUCCAACGUAUAAAAUCAUUGCAGAGAAGAAAGAUUCAACAAACGAAGAAGCAGCACAGGGAGAGAGAGAGAGAGAGAGAUCAGAAAGAUUGUUUCUUGAUGAUGGUCAUGGCCGCAGAGUUACAAUCCUCACAUAGAACCCACAAAGUCUUGACGGAAUUAGAAAUGGUCGCCGCUCAACAGCUGAUGCAGCUAAGCGAUGAAGAUAACAGCAAUAGCAUUAACAGGAACAGCAAAAACAAGAUUAAUAAUUGUGAUGACAAUGAGGAGGAGUCAUUUGAUCGGAGCAGCCAAGAUGAGAUCACUUCGAAGAAGAAGAUUGAAGAGAUUUUUGGUAAAGAAGAAGAGUUCAUCAUCAUUCAACGGCCAAAGAAGAGAAGAUUCAGGUCUCUGCAGAGUAUUUACGAAGCCACCAAGCCGUUAAACGUUAGACACGGCAAGAUUAAUCAUCGUGAGGUGAGGCACUCUAAGGAAACCUAAUGGAGAUUCUUGGGUAAGAAUGGAUUAUUUUGUAAAUAUAUAGCUUUCUGAAAAUUGGGCUUCGUAGGGAGAUCGAACUAAUGUAGUUUUUUUUUUUUCUUCUUUGCUUGUGAUGCCUGAUAAGUUAGGGAUUCUGAGUUCUUGAUGAUGAUGAUAAUUAUAUAUACUCACCGUUUUGAUUA